AUGGUGCACAAGCCUCUAAAUAGAUUGCAGCAAGUCAUUUGGCCAGAUGAGAAAAGAAAACGAUUAUGUAAUAUUGCACGUGAAAGUAAGUUAAAACUGGACCUAUCAGGGUUUUUCUUCAGCUAUCUAACUAAUCUGGUGGUGGUGAUGAUGAUGAUGAUACACAUAAAUACAUACGUAAACUUGUUCUCAAUGUCUCAAAAUCUACGGGUAUCAAAGACUAGCACAACACGAAACACGAAUACAGACAUGAUUACAAAACACGACUAUAAAGACAAUGGGCACAACCCAACACUGCAUGACACGAAAUGCGAAAAGAAAAGCACGAGAUGA